AUGGAGCAGCUGAUAGUCGAGCUUCAUAAGCCUGCUAAUCAGUCGUCCCCAGAGCGCGUAAAUGAGAUACAGAAGCAGAUCCAGCGGCUCCAGCGUGAGAAGUCAGCAUGGCAACUAGCUCUGGACCUUCUUCAUCAUGGAGAAGCUACCAUACGAUUCUAUGGUGCCUUGACCUUGACUAUCAAGAUCAACGCCGACUGGGACCAUGAUGGUAUGGGGAAGGAUGAAUACAUGAGAAGCUCCCUGCUUGAAGCGCUAGUGGGCAAUUACAUACGUUUAGUGAAUCUGCCAGAUUCAAAUUUCGUUCUCCAAAAGCUCGGUUCAACCCUCAUCACCUUCUUUGCCAGACGAGAUUCAGGCUGGAACCUUCCAUUCAGACAGAUCUUGGCAUCUUUCCUCAGCAAGAACUAUGCCUCUGAAGAAAAUCUACCGGGCAUGGACCAGCUGUUGGAAGCCUGCAAUAAUUGUUCCAACAACGAGCUUAAGGGAGUUCUCAUGGUCGCUACAAUUAUGGCAGAGGACCUGAGCAGUCGCUCUUCCAGCUCUCUAGACGAAGGAAGACUUGAUGAUCGUGUGGCUGCUAACUGUCUCGAUGUAUGGCUUCUAUUGAGGUAUUGUAUAAAGCGCACGAUUGGCCAAUCGCAUACAACACUAGCGCUGGAACAGAUACGAAUCAAUUCUGGAGAUAUACUCCAGCUGGUUAUGAAAGCGAUGCCUUAUUGGGCCAGCAUGAUCAAGUACGCAGAGAUUGCUCAAGCGCGUCGAAGUGAAGGAAUCGCCAGAGACUGCAUCGCGACGACAAUCAACUAUCUUGAGGAAGAAACGUAUACAGGACCAGUGCUUCAAAUGCUCAUAGCCCUGGAGAACUCUUCAGCAAAACUUCUUCGAGAGGCUCUACCAAACUUCCCGGCUAGCAUUGCCAAUUCUCCCAAGGUAAGAGGGAUGGUAGAUCUUCUUCUUCAGGGCGACUUCAUUACCGACGGUGUCCUUUAUGUUGAUUUACUCGAGUCAAUCAUGAGUCACAUAGACAUCACCAAACCCGAUUUCCUACACAAUCAUCGAUACAACGAGGUGGUCCGAACUCUACAACGACUUCUCUGUUGCGAAGGGGUGGCCGUCAUUGAGGAUCCAGUGUGCCAAAUUGUCUUGGAGAAGAUUAGUGAAAUUGUCGAGGGCUACGCUGACUGGGAAGACGUGAACGAUCCGGCCCAAGGGUUUCUCAAGGUUUUGACAGCCAAUGCAUGCGAGGCCUGUCUCCUUAAGAUCAGAAUCCCCUCUGAACAAAUGUCCAGCGAGACCCACGCCUGGGACACCGAUGACCGAGCAAAAUUUCAAGACUUUCGUUACGAUGUGCAGGACUUUUUCCAGUCGGCUUUUACUGUUCUUGGGAACGCAUUAAUUGAGGAAAUUGUCAAGAGCAUCCUUGGGCAGAGUCCAUCGCUGGACUGGAGCGCCUUUGAAGCCGGAACGUUCAGUCUGAUCGCAUUCUCCGACACCAUGUCAUCCGACCCUGACACAUACGAUGUCCUUAUUACCACGAUCCUGGAGAGCCAAGCAUGGAGCUAUCUACUUCAGACCGCUAACAAUGUUCCAGAUCGGGCGUUGCGGACUGCCAUUAGAUUCAUCGCCGAAAACGUGGCAUACCUUCAACGACAUCCAGACAGACUGGUCUCAAUCCUGAAUUUCCUCUUCUCCUCGCUGCAUUUACAAGCGUCAACGUCUGCUGCCUCUCGGGCAAUAUACAACCUAUGCGACUCUCACAGAAGAAUGCUUAGAGAAGGACUGCCACAGUUCAUGGACUCUUUAGCUUCCAUAGAGGACAUUGGCGAGACAGAAAGACACCGGAUAUACGCUGCUGUUGCCGCCAUCAUUCAAGCAUUACCGGCCGAAGAAGCCAAAGUCCAGCCAUUGUCACAGCUUCUUGGGCCCAUUGGCCACGCACUAACGACCCUGAACGGCAACAAUGUCGAUAAGAGCGACAUCUUGAGAGGCUGCAUUGACAUCAUGCAGACCCUUGCCUCAAUAGGCAAAGGCUUGCGUUCCCCGGCAGAUGUACCAGUGGACUUAGAAGCCGCGGGCAUGGGCUCUUCAGAAUUUUGGACGAGUGGCCCUGGUGCCCUCAUCCAGCAGAAUGUGCUUGUCAUGUACCACGCCACCAUGCAGAAAGUCCAAUCUUGUGUUGACAAUGUGUUUGUCGACGCCUGCUGCGACUUCAUCAAAUCUGGGUUCACGGAAGAGCACCCAUCCCCCUUUAAGUUUACAGACUCGAUCGGCCUCGAGCUAGUUAGUCAGUUCAUCAAUCUCGAGAAUCCAAGCAUCGACAACGCAAUGGCUUGCGCCUCCAGUUUUCUAGCUUCUGUAAGCCCGCAGAAUCUUCAGGCUAGCGUCAGCGGCCUUUUGUAUGCAGUCAUUUCCAAUCAGCAGCACGUUCUGUCAACACACCAGGAAGCAAGGCAACUCCCAAAUAACAAUUUCCCUUCCAGUUCACUUGAAUUUUUAAGCCGCUUGCUCACGAAAUGGCCUGCAAUGUGGUUUAGUAUGCAAGACAGUCAAGAAACAGCGGCCGUAUCGGUGGAGUUGGGCUUGAUUGUCAUGACAGACUCAGACACGCUUCCGCGUCGUUCAGCGGCAGGAUUCUUCGCGGCCUUCGCAGAGGCCAGUGGGUCGGAGACUGGGCUUGACAGCGAAGCGAGUGCGCGGAUUAAAGGUGUACUUCAAACAUCUGGACCACGGAUUCUCUCACUUGUGCUCCGUCUCCUAGGGGGAGAAUGUGCCCGGUCUGAAAUCGACAGCCUGACCGAAACACUCAAGAGAUUCGUGCAGAAACAAUUCAUGAUGAGCAAAGCGGUGCUCAGGGCAGCAGUCAAGCAGGAGUCCGGGGUCAUGAGCGAUAAGGCCCUCAAUGCUACGACGUUGGAACAACGCAACCGGUUUGUGGCGCAGGUCGAGGCAUUACGAGGCGCCAGGAAGACGGGUGACAUUGUGAAGGACUUCUGGAUUGCAUGCCGGGGAAGCGGAUUUGGAUAUAUCGCUUGA